AUGGGAAGAGGGAAGAUCGCGAUCCGACGAAUAGAGAAUACAACGAGCAGGCAAGUGACUUUCUCAAAGAGAAGGGUUGGGUUACUGAAAAAAGCAAGGGAAUUAUCCAUCCUUUGCGAUGCUGAAGUCGGAUUGAUCAUCUUCUCCAACACUGCCAAGCUCUACGAUUAUGCCAACUCCAGCAUGAAAUCUAUUAUUGAACGCUACAACAAGGUUAAAGAAGAACAUCAUCCAUUAUUGAAUCCCGAUUCCCAAAUCAAGUUUUGGCAAAUGGAGGCAGCAAGCUUGAGGCAACAACUACAGUACUUGCAAGAAUAUCACAGGCAAUUGAUGGGAGAAGAACUAUCUGAUAUGGGUGUUAAAGACCUACAGAACCUGGAAAACCAACUUGAAAUGAGUUUGAAAGCUAUCCGCACAAAAAAGGUAUGACAACUUCAGAUU